AUGGAGAAGGUGGACAGGAUGGCGGUGGUGGAGAGAUACUCACACAUACGCGAUGUACUCCGGGAGAUGACGGAUGUGGUAAAUAAGUACGGCAAGGAAAAACUACACAAGCGGGAUGUUGGAAAUAUGAUGAUAUACGCGUUACGGUGGCUUUCAGAUUGUACCAAUCAGAAAAAAUUGGUGGAUGCAUACGAGCAUUUCUUAACGGCGGUGAAAGCGUUUGAGGGACAACUUCUAGAACCGACUGAGAAAUCGUUGCUGAAAGGACUGAGUACGAAGUUCUCUCGACUUUUGAGCCAAUUAAGUAUCCCCGAGAACGGAAAUGAUGAGCCAGAGGAGGCUAACCUGGAGGAAUCCAAACCUAAACAUGACGGACCUAUACCCACUGAGCAGCUCAAUAAAGCACGUGGUCGCAGCGAAAUGGUUACCUCCGAGAGAACUCCGCUGCUUUCGAAGCCUUUAAAUGCCGCUGCCAACGAGAAGUGUGCGCCGUUAGUAAGAUCUGCUGGACCACCACCGAAAAAAUUACCGGCUUACUACGCAAUUAUGCUCAAUGACGUAAAGCAAGUGCCGAUUCAACUCAGAGCUCCUUGCGUUUCGCAUGCUCUACUCCUGCUGAAAAAGGCGAUGAUGACAGAUGCGGUUGGCGAACAAAAGGCGGAUAUAUCUGACUCCAUUGGUGGAGUCCUCGAUUGGAUCACGGAAAGCUCCGAUCUGGAGCAUGAUUUUGAAUUGUAUCACGAUUUUGCUAUCGUCUUGUUUUCAUACACUUUACAGCACCCAGAGACUGAGGAGCUGCAAAGGAUCACAGACCAGUUUUCCGAAACAAUUGAUAAAAUUCGCUCAGAAGGAUCGCGUUUCCGCCUAACGCAUUUGAAACACCGCCUUCACCUUGUCGGGUGUCUGAAUUCCCUUCCUCAGCUAUAG